UUGAAAUUGGUCUCCACACUUUUGCAACUCGAAUCUUUGCAAAAGAUCUUUACGCUACUGAGAAGUCACUGUCAAAAUCUGUGCUUUGAAUUAAUCUACGGACGACCUUGCUGCAAACUACCAACACAUGAUUCUCGACAAAAAAAGUGAGUUCCUCACUUGUAGCACUCGCCUGAUUAGCUUAAUAACCAAUAUAAAUGCCUAACAACAACCAAAACACAAUAACAAAGUAAGUCUAAACAUUCGAGGAUGCAGUAAAUCUUCGGAUUAUCAACAUCAACGCUACAAUCAACCGAUUCUUCUCGAACUCUCCCAGGCCCAGAGAUCAAUGGACUGAUGAUAAGAAAAUUGCCCACGAAGAGGAGUACCAUGCAUGAGAAUAACUAAGCCAGGAGUUCACUUGGAUGGAGGACAGUGGAACACGGCGGGCUGCGGAUGAUGAGAGGAGCGUCUAAAACUGUGCCGGAGAUGCACACAGGUCUGGUGUGAUUGUGUGAAGUAGUUUAUAAUACCGGAAGAGCUACCAUUAACAAGCUCACUUCUCACAAGUGUAACAAUACAUAAACCUAAGUCGCUUUGAUCCAGUGAUAAAAGGAGGCUCAGAGACACAGGCACACAAGAUAAUAUCCAAUUAUCAGUUACUUAGGCCUUACAACUUUCAACAAAAAGACACAGGCACAUUAGAAACCAGUGGCAAAACAGAUACAUUCCAAAGGUACCAACCAUCAUAUCUUCUCGCAUUUUUUAUAUGAAAUGACUCCUUGUUUUUAAUGUACAGUCCAAAGUUUUUUGCUUAGUAUACAAAAAUUAUAUGAUUUGAUUUUACAAAUAGUUAGUUUACUUAUUUGAUGAAAUCCAUUCUGUUUUAAGGUUAGAGUUUACGAAUCAGUAGAUUUUUGUUACUUUUGGUCUAAUAUAAUACAUUCUUAUUAUACUGGUUUAAAUCUUCUUAACUCUUAACUGAAUGUUUCGAUGUGAAAUAUGGUCAAAAUUGAUAAUUGGUUUACUUAAUUCGUAGAUUGAUUAUAAAAUGGACAAGUCUUGGAUCACAAAACAUCGUUUAUCUAAAGAUUACAGAACUGGAGUCAAAGAUUUUUUGGAUUUUGCAUUUAGUGAUAUUAAGAAAGAGAUGAUAAAAUGUCCUUGCCAGCGUUGCUGCCUGGUUAAAUACAAGCAUAGGGUUGAGGUUAAGGUUGAUGAUGAUUUAAUAUGUCAUGGUAUUCUACCAACAUAUACAAAUUGGUAUCUACAUGGAGAACAAUUAGAUUUCCAUGAAGAAACCAUUGGAUUAGAAUCUGAAUCCAAUGUAGAUCAUGUUGAAAACCAAACUAUAAAUCUACUUGGAGAUGCUUUUCCAAGUAUGGAUAAUAGUUUUAAUGAAUCUGCUAGUAUGCCCACUGAUCAAUCAAAGCAAAAGGAAGCAUUUGAUGAUUUGUUAGCAGACGGUAAUCAAGCUCUCUAUGAAGGUUGUCAAGCGUUCAGCAAGUUAUCGUUCACUCUUAAGCUAUACCACAUCAAAUGUAUGUCUAGGAUCAAUGACAAGGGAAUGUCACUGAUAAUUGACCUUUUGAAAGAAGCUUUUGAGCAUGCAAAGCUACCAGAUUCAUUUAACGAUAUGAAAAAGAUUAUCCGUAAGUUCGGAUUUAACUAUGAGUCUAUUCAUGUGUGCCCUAAUGAUUGCAUGCUAUAUUGGGGAGAUGAUGCAUCUAGAGACACUUGCAAAGUCUGUAAAAGUUCAAGAUGGAAGACUAGGAUAGUCGAUGAUUCAGUGGAGGAAAAGAAGAAGAAGAAAAAGCAACAAGCUGCUAAAGUUCGUAGAUAUUUUCCAUUGAAACCACGCUUGCAGCGUCUCUUCAUGUCAUCCAAAACUGCUGAAUUUAUGAGGUGGCAUGCUGAUUCGGAGAAUAAAGAUGGUAAGCUAAGGCAUCCUAGAGAUGGAAAUGCUUGGAAAGCAUUUAAUCAACAAUUUCUAGACUUUGCAUCAGAUCCAAGAAAUGUAAGACUAGGAUUGACAACUGAUGGGUUCAAUCCAUUUGGUUCUAUGAGUACAAACUACAGUGUAUGGCCUGUGAUUUUAGUUCCUUUUAACUUUCCGCCUUGGAUGUCCAUGAAGGAAACAUCAAUGAUUCUUUCAAUGAUAAUUCCGGGGAAACACAUGCCGAGUAAUGAUAUUGAUAUCUAUCUUCAACCACUUAUACAAGAACUGAAAGAAUUAUGGCAUGAGGGUGUGUCUACAUUUGAUGCCUCUUUAAAAGAGACAUUUUGUAUGCGUGCAGUAUCUUAGCGCAUAUUUUGUUCUCGAUCAUACAAUACCAACAAUCAUUUUUUGCAGAUCACUAUUAAAUUAUAUUAUUCAUAGUUUUUAAAAAAUAUAUUUUUGAUGUUGUUUAAAGUAUUUAUCUCGAAAACUUGUCCAUUCCCUGUAGUUUUAGUUUUACAGGCUGCUUGAUUUGAUAGAUGUAAAGACGGUAUUUUAGAGGAGAAAUGGAUCAUAAUGGGUCAAGUGAAGAUAUGUAGAGGAUUAAGACCGACUGGUACACUGGUCACUGUGCAGUGAUCCUUGUGGCUUUGCACCGAUCAAUUAGGUUUUAUAAGAAGUCCAUUAUUUCUCACGAAACCAUAUCUCGGCUCAUCUUCUGAAGGAAGACCGAGAACAAAUUGUGGGAGUUGGGGUUGUAAAUAAUUUUAGGGGUUUUAUUCGUUUCUUUGCCUCUCAACUACAAGCAUCUCAUCCUUAGGGAUGCUUGAGUAGUCUAAAUCAAAUAGUUUUAUUUCUUCAUAGAGUUUGUUUAUGUAUAGCCUUAAAUUUUAUUAUUCCUGAUGAGAUUGUUGCUUGUUCUUCAUUUUUGAUUAUUUUUCAUGCUUAGAUGAAUUAGGCUGAUUCACAUAUUACUUUCAGUUGAUUCCAUUAAACCAACAAAAGUGGUGUUGGAAUCGUUGGAUCUAUUUUGAUGUUGAUGUUAAUCGCUGGACAAAGCUUUCCUA